GGACCAACGGGGUUGCUAGGCAACAUCCCAGGGUUACUCUCGCUUAAACUCUGCUCCCAGUUUGGAACGGAAGAAGGGGACUUAUUCACGCACUGGCUAUCUGAGAAGGCUAACAGACUAGAAGUAGAGGUGCCUUGGACAAGUAAGCUGUGUUCCAGGAUAGACCGUGGGGAUUAACGUUUGGAUUAUCUGAAGAUGAGCUUCCUGUUGCCCAAACUGACUAGCAAGAAAGAAGUAGAUCAAGCAAUAAAAAGUACCGCAGAGAAAGUGUUGGUUCUCAGGUUUGGGAGAGAUGAGGAUCCUGUCUGUCUGCAGCUAGAUGAUAUUCUUUCUAAGACCUCUCCUGACUUGAGUAAAAUGGCUGCCAUAUACCUGGUAGACGUGGACCACACUCCAGUUUACACACAGUAUUUUGACAUCAGUUACAUUCCAUCUACUGUAUUUUUCUUCAAUGGGCAGCAUAUGAAAGUGGAUUAUGGGUCUCCAGAUCACACUAAGUUUGUGGGCAGUUUCAAAACUAAACAAGAUUUCAUAGAUUUGAUCGAAGUAAUCUAUCGAGGUGCAAUGAGGGGAAAACUUAUCGUCCAAAGUCCUAUUGAUCCCAAGAAUAUUCCCAAAUAUGACCUUCUCUAUCAAGACAUUUAGCACGUCUCCUGUUGCCAGACAGGAAGAGAAAGAAAAGCGCCUGUUGAAACGGUACCUGAAUCCAGCGUGCCGUUUAUCUGGAGCCCACCCCCCCAGGAACAAAGUCUUAACUACACUUAAUAAGAAUCUGAUCUCUCCUGGAAGUCAGAGUUGCCACUUAUUUCUGAGGAAGAAAAUUGUGUUUCAAGGACUCAGGACUGCAAAGACAGGACUGCGUUGUCUGGGGGGAAAAAUAGCUUUAUGGGAUUUGCAAGUUUUAAUGACUUUAUGAAGAAUUGUCGCUCUCCCGCAGUCCUCCUGGGAAAGCCUUGGGCAAGUCACUGCUUCUCUCACACCUUGCAGUGGCUGUUGGUACUGAAGUCCCAGAACACGAAGAUGGACACUGAGCUUCAGGGAGUGGGCCAGGCAGCUUGGGACAUGCUUGGCUGCCAUUGACUUCUUUGCCAACAGAAGCCCAGUUCUCUUCUGGGCUUCUGACUGCAAGCACUGACUGCAAGUCCAACCCCUUUGCUGGGUGCUUCUCAGGAUUGCCCUGCAGGGAGUGGUGACCAUGAGAGUUGGGUCUGGCUGAUGUGGCACAGGAGAAAGGCUGCUAGGGGCUUUCUGUGUCCUUUGUCAAUAAAAGGAGAGGCAUUCCAGGCAUAAAAUAAAACUACCUCUGUUUUCUUUCUCUUCUUUUCAUUUGAGCCCAUGAGGCAGCCAGCAUUCAGAUGAAAAAUCAAUAUACUGACAAGAAUAAUUAAAGGAGUCUGAUCAUCAAGUAUGGUCGUACAUGCCUGUAAUCCCAUCAACUUGGGUGGUUAAGACAGGAGGAUCACAAGUUGGAUGCCAGCC